CACCGCGGCGGCCCCUUCCCCGCCGUCUGCGUCGUCCUGCCCAGGCCCCGGGCCCGCCGGGCCCGCCAGUGACCUCCGGGUCCGCCUCCGCCCGCGGGGCCAGCCCCGGCUCCUGGCGCACCCCACUAGCGCCGCCGCGCGCCGCGAUGACGUUGGCACCUCCCAUUGGCCGUCUCGGCCCGGGGCCCCGCCCCGCCUCCGCCGAGCGGCCCCAUUGGCUGGCGGCGGCGGCGGCCGCGGCUCUCGGCGGGAGAUGCGCGGGGCCCGCAUGGAGCGGCUGCGGGACGUGCGCGCGCGGCUGCAGGCCUGGGAGCGCGCGUUCGGCGGCGGCGCGGGCGGCGGCCGGCCAGGUGCGGGCGGCCAGGUGCGGGCGGGCGGCGGAGAGCGCGGCCCCCGGGCUGACCUGCUCCCUUUCAGGGCGACGUGGAGGAGGCGUCCGAAGAGACCCGGGCGCUCUACCGGGAGUACCGCGCCCUGAGGAAGGCCCUGGACCCGGCCGGCAGCGUUCGGCCCCGCAGCCCCGAGCAGUCGCUUCCCGCGGCGGCCGAGGAGGUACCGGCCCGGCCUCCCCCACCUUCCACGCCGCGGGACGGAGAAGGUGCUCCUGGCCUGGGGAGGGGAGGAGACGCCUCUGCACCCCCAGGCUCUCCCGGACUCGGGUCCUCCACCUCCUCCCGCAGGCUCCGGAGCCCUGCUGCUGGGGCCCCCACCUGAACCGCGCUGCCACUCAGCGUCCGCGCGGGACCCCAGCCCCCAGCCCCCGGGGGCCUGCGCAGGACUACGGGAAGAGGCUCAAAGCCAACCUGAGGGGCGCUCUGCAGGCCGGGCCAGCUCUGAGCCUCACACCCAGGCUUCCACGGACACCCUCUUCUGAGACCCGCCCGGGCGGAUGCACCCAGGGUCCGCCAGACACAGCGGCUGCCCCCACCUCCCCGAAAGGACUCGGCGGGGCAGCCCCGCAGCCUCUGGGACCCCGACCGAGGCCCGGCCGGCCCCAGCAGCUGCGCUCGUCUCUGAGUCUGCGUCUGAGCUCCUUAGACCCCAGCUGGCUGCAGCGGUGUCACAAUGGGGCCCCAGAUUUGCUGGAGACCCCUGAGGCCUGUGGGCCUGGCCUGGGGCGGGAGUCCCAGCCUCCAGCCUCGGGCAUGUUGGCUGCCCCUGACCCUAGUGUGGCUUCUGAGGCAUUUCCAGGGGGUCCAGAGGCACCAGCCCUGCCAGCUCUCCGCAUCCAGGGAGGGAGCUCCCAGCCCAGCAACGGGCCAAGCAAGGAGCAGAGGUGGAGGGGGAUCCCCGGGCAGGCCCCCCUGGAUGGCGGCCAAGCAGCACCCCAGCCUGAGGGAGCCGGGGCCGCAGAGCUCGAGGACGACUCACCGAGGAGGCCUGUGAGGGAACAGCUGCGUCCGUCUCACCGAGACUCCGCCUCGCCCGGGCCAGCCCCGCGGGACCGGGCCAACUACGUGAGGCUCAAUCUGAAGCAGAAACGCUACGUGCGGGGCCACCACCUCCGCCGGCAGAUGUGGAAGCAGAAGUGGCAGAAAAAAGGAGACAGUUUUGGGGGCGGCCGGCCCAGAGCCACGGGCAAAGAAUCUUGCUUCUGCUGUGGGCAGUCUGGCCACUGGGCAUCCCAGUGUCCCCAGCCAGGGCCUGCCCUGGACCCCCAGGGAGACAGAAAGGAUGAGGACACCCUGUCCGUGCUGGAGGAAGUGGCCAAGGGAACAGGCCUUGCCUGCCAUGAACUCCCUGCUGGUGAGGACGACCCAGGGCCUGCAGGGCCUGAACUGCUGGUGCCCGUGGAGUGGCCUGUGCCCGAGGCGCCACGCCUGCCCCCCUCGGUUCCACCUCUCUACCCCCCUGGGCCCUCCGGGCAGGUAGCAGGUGAGCAGACAGGGUGGCUCGUGGCCUAUGGCGGGAACACGGGGCUUCAAGUGUGCGUGGUCACCGGAUGCCCGUGUUUGCAGAGACGCCGGCGCAGGUGUUCCAGGCCCUGGGGCAGCUGGGGCACCGAGCCUUCCGACCAGGGCAGGAGCUCGCGGUCAUGCGGAUCCUGUCGGGUGAGCUGCGGGGCGGGCCAGGGGCAGGCCGGGGCAGGGCGGUGUGCUCAGGCCCUGCUGCUGACCACCCACAGGCCUGUCCACGCUGCUGGUGCUGCCCACUGGCGCCGGCAAGUCCCUGUGCUACCAGCUCCCGGCGCUGCUGUACGCCCAGCGCAGCCCCUGCCUCACGCUGGUCGUCUCCCCUCUGCUGUCGCUCAUGGACGACCAGGUGCGGAGGGCAGGGCCCCGGUGCUGGCCCAAGGUGCUGGCCUCCCUUUGGCAGCCGCUUCCCGUCCCCGCUGCACCCCCAGCACGCCCCUGGCCCGGCUGGUCUGCGAGCAGCCCUGGGCAGGGGCUGCAGCCGCCCCUUUGUCUCCAGCCCCCCUUGAGGGCUCUGAAGCCUGGUCCCACAACUGCGGGCUCUGGGUCUGGGUCUCGUCCCCACAGACCCCGAGGUGGGGUGGAGGCGGAUGGGGGCCUGGAGAGGGCCAGGGCUGGUGGCAGGUGGUGCCCCUGUGUCCGCAGGUGGCAGGCUUGCCCCCUGGCCUGAAGGCAGCGUGCAUCCACUCAGGCAUGACCCCAAAGCAGCGGGAGGGCAUCCUGCGGAAGGUGCAGGCAGCCAAGGUCCACGUGCUGAUGCUGUCCCCCGAGGCGCUGGUGGGGGCUGCGGCAGGGGGUCUUGCCGGCCUCCCGCUGCCCCCAGUGGCCUUCGCCUGCCUGGACGAGGCCCACUGCCUGUCCCAGUGGUCCCACAACUUCCGGCCUUGCUAUCUGCGCGUCUGCAGGGUGCUGCGGGAGCACCUGGGUGUGUGCUGCUUCCUGGGCCUCACGGCCACCGCCACGCGGAGCACCGCCCGGGACGUAGCCCAGCACCUGGGCGUGGCUGCAGGGCCCGGCCUCAGUGGACUCCCGGCCGUUGUCCCCACCAACCUGCACCUCUCCGUGUCCAUGGACAGGGACCCCGAGCAGGCGCUGGUGACGCUUCUGCGGGGAGACCGUUUCCGCGCCCUGGACUCCGUCAUUGUCUACUGCCACCGGCGGGAGGACACGGAGCGGGUGGCCGCCCUCCUGCGCACCUGCCUGCCCCCGCUGCAGGGCCCCGGAGGUGGCACCCCUGAGGCCGCAGCUGAAGCUUACCACGCGGGCAUGAGCAGCCGGGAGCGGCGCCGAGUCCAGCGGGCCUUCAUGCAGGGCCGGCUGCGGGUCGUGGUGGCCACGGUGGCCUUCGGCAUGGGGCUGGACCGGCCGGACGUGCGGGCAGUGCUGCACCUGGGGCUGCCCCCCAGCUUCGAGAGCUACGUGCAGGCCGUGGGCCGCGCGGGGCGCGACGGGCAGCCCGCCCACUGCCACGUCUUCCUGCGGCCGCAGGGCGAGGACCUGUGCGAGCUGCGCAGACACGCACACGCGGAAGCCGUGGACUUCCUCGCGGUGAAGAAGCUGGUGCAGCGUGUGUUUGCGCCCUGUGCCUGUGCCAGGCCGCCCCUGAGGCAGGAGGGCGGGGUGGGCACGGAGAGGGCCCCGGGGACCACGUACCCCCAGGAGGCCGAGCAGCCCAGCAGCCAGGACACAGCCCCAGCCCCCCGGAGGGCCUGCCGGGGCCACGAGCGGGCGCUCCCAGUGCAGCCAACAGUGCAGGCCCUGGACAUGCCUGAGGAGGCCAUUGAGACGCUGUUGUGCUACCUGGAGCUGCACCCACAGCACUGGCUCGAGCUGCUGCCGCCCCUCUGCGCCCGGUGCCGCCUGCACUGCCCUGGGGGCCCUGUCCAUCUCCGCGCCCUGGCCCACAGGUGCCCCCCUCUGGCCCUGUGCCUGGCCCGGCAGCCGCCAGAGGACACAGGGAGCAGCUUUGUGGAGUUUGAUGUGGUCGAGCUGGCAGACCGCAUGGGCUGGGAGGUGGCGUCCGUGCGGUGGGCUCUCCGCCAGCUGCCGUGGGACCGGGAGCCCAGGACAGGCGUGCCAGGCACCGGGGUACGUGUGGAGUUCGAGGAGCCAGCUUUCCACCUGCGCUGCCCCGGGGACCUGACGGCCAGUGAGCGGGACCAGAUCUGCGACUUCCUGCACGGCCGCGUGCAGGCCCGGGAGCGCGAGGCCUUGGUCCGCCUGCACCAGGUUUUCCGGGCCUUUCGCAGCGUGGCCUUCCCCAGCUGCGGGCCGUGCCUGGAGCAGCCUGACGAGGAGCGCAGCACCAGGCUCAAGGCCCUGCUCAGCCGCUACUUUGAGGAAGAGGAAGAGUUAGAGCUGGACGGGGCGCAAGACCGCCAGGGCUCGGAGCCAGGGCAGGCAGGGCUCCAGGACUGGGAGGACCAGAUCCGCCGUGACAUCCGGCAGCUCCUGUCCCUGUGGCCUGAGGAGAGGUUCUCGGGCCGGGCCGUGGCCCGCAUCUUCCACGGCAUCGGAAGCCCCUGCUACCCUGCCCAGGUGUACGGGCGGGACCGGCGCUUCUGGAGGAAGUACCUGCAUGUGAGCUUCCACGCCCUGACCAGCCUGGCCACUGAGGAGCUCCUCUGCAGCCGCUGACCACCGUGGGGGUCGGGAGUCAAGGCAGAGGCCUGAGGGUGUCAGCAGCCCAGAGAGUGACUGACUUCCCUGGCAAAGCGGGCUGGUGGGGACGGGGUGGGCCAAGGCGGCCCCACGACACAGAAUAAAAGGUGCUCAUCA